AUGAGUAAACCCUUAUUUAAAUCUGUGACCCAUGUAAUUUUUGAUUUGGAUGGAACUCUAUUAGGUAACAGGAUUCAUAAAAAAACGUUUACUAAAAUCGCCAAAGAUCAUGGUAAAGAAUUUCCUGAUGAUUUACGUAUACAAAUCCUUGGAAAACAAGAAAUGGAUGUAGCUAUUAUGAUUAUUAACACAUUGCAACUAAAUUUAACACCCGAAGAAUUAUUACAACAAGCUCGUAUCGAGGAAGAAAAAGAACUACAAAACGUACAACUUAUGAAUGGAGCCAGAGAUCUCUUGGAAUAUUUCUGUCGGCAUAAGAUACCGAUGGCGGUGGCAACAAGUAGUUCAGAGAAUAGUUUCCACGUGAAAACGGCUCAUCUGAAAAAUAUAUUUUCCGUGUUCCAUCACGUGGUCACCGGUUCUUCCGAUCCAGAAGUAAAAAACGGCAAGCCAGCACCAGACAUAUUCAAUAUAUGCGCUUCCAGGUUUCCAGGAAACCCCUCGAACAAUCAAUUUCUGGUAUUCGAAGACUCGCCGAACGGAGUGACUGCGGCUAUAGCGGCGGGCAUGCAAGUGGUUAUGAUACCCGAUCCCAUGUUACCAAGAGAACUUACUGCUAAUGCUACACACGUGUUGGAGUCCAUGGAAGAUUUCUGCCCGGAAAUAGUUUCUUUACCGCCACGCGGCUCCUGA